AUGUCGGUGGUGUCUCCGGUUGGCGGUGGUAAAGGGAUAUCUGCUGUCGAGGCAACGGGUCCUGCAUUUGGUGGAAAGUCUCGCGGUCAAUCACGUGUAGUAGGGCUGGGCGGUGGCCUUACCACCAAUCUUGCUACCGCUGCAGAAGGUGUGCCUUUCCGCUUCCUUGCCGGCAUUGAUGUUAGUCAGACUAUUGGAGUGGUUUACUUCACAGAUGCUAGUCAAACUUUCGAGCUAAGAAACAUCAUAGAUCCAAAUUUUGAGAGAGACUCAACGGGAAGGCUAAUGAGCUAUAACCCAAAGACCAAAGAGUUGAAGGUGCUACUAAGAGGGCUUGGCCAGCCGAUCGGCGUAGCGGCCAGCCCCGACGGCUCCUUUCUACUCAUUGCAGAGUACAACAACCGGAGAAUUCAGAGGUUCUGGUUGAUAGGUCCGAGGGCCAACACGGCGGAGGUCUUCCUGAACCUCCUCGGAAACCCUUUGAAUAUCAAGAGGGCUGGGCUGGAUGACUUUUGGGUGGUGAUGAGGCUGAUCAGCCCGCCGCUGGUUAUUACACCUCUAGGGCAAAGGAUCAACGUCGCUGGCAUGGUUUUGGCACAAGCGGAUUUUGCCGCUCACUAUCAGAACACGUAUGUGAGCGUUGUUGUUGAGCAGAAUGGGGCGUUAUACACUGGCUCUCGAACUGACGGAGUUAAAUUCGUCGGUGUUUACCAGUAA